GGAGGGCGGGGCGCGCUCGGGGAGGCGGCUGGAGCGGCGCCGGUGGCGGCUGGGCGCCCGCUAGCCGGCCCGGCCUCCGCCGCCCGCUAACUCGCAUCCCCGCUUCCCUCCCGCCGCGUCCCCGCGCGAAGAUGGCAGCCGACGGGCUGCAUGAGAACGAGACGCUGGCGUCGCUCAAGAGCGAGGCCGAGAGCCUCAAGGGCAAACUGGAGGAGGAGCGGGCCAAGCUGCACGACGUGGAGUUGCACCAGGUGGCCGAGCGCGUGGAGGCCCUGGGGCAGUUUGUCAUGAAGACCAGAAGGACCCUCAAAGGCCAUGGGAACAAGGUUCUAUGCAUGGACUGGUGCAAGGAUAAGAGGAGGCUCGUGAGCUCCUCUCAGGAUGGGAAAGUGAUCGUGUGGGAUUCCUUCACCACUAACAAGGAGCAUGCAGUCACAAUGCCCUGCACGUGGGUGAUGGCAUGUGCCUAUGCCCCAUCGGGAUGUGCCAUUGCAUGUGGAUGCUGUUGGCAGGGACCACAAAUUUGUGCAGAUACUUUGGAAAGCAUUGGUUUGGAUAAUAAAUGUUCUGUGUAUCCACUGACAUUCGACAAAAAUGAAAACAUGGCUGCCAAAAAGAAGUCUGUUGCUAUGCACACCAACUACCUGUCAGCCUGCAGCUUCACCAAUUCUGACAUGCAGAUCCUGACAGCAAGUGGCGACGGCACGUGUGCCCUGUGGGAUGUGGAGAGCGGGCAGUUGCUGCAGAGCUUCCAUGGGCAUGGGGCUGACGUGCUCUGCCUGGACCUGGCCCCGUCGGAAACCGGGAACACCUUCGUGUCUGGGGGAUGUGACAAGAAAGCCAUGGUGUGGGACAUGCGCUCUGGACAGUGCGUGCAGGCCUUUGAAACACACGAAUCUGACAUCAAUAGUGUCCGGUACUACCCAAGUGGAGAUGCCUUUGCUUCAGGAUCAGAUGAUGCUACGUGUCGCCUCUAUGACCUCCGGGCAGACAGGGAAGUUGCCAUCUAUUCCAAAGAGAGUAUCAUCUUUGGAGCUUCCAGCGUGGACUUCUCCCUCAGUGGUCGCCUGCUGUUUGCUGGAUACAAUGAUUAUACCAUCAACGUCUGGGAUGUCCUCAAGGGGUCUCGAGUCUCCAUCUUGUUUGGACAUGAAAACCGUGUUAGUACUCUGCGAGUUUCCCCUGAUGGGACUGCCUUUUGCUCAGGAUCAUGGGAUCACACCCUCAGAGUCUGGGCUUAAUCACAGUGCACAUAGGCACCUGAGAAUAGAAUCUGAAAGCAUCACAUGUAAAUAUAUCUUACUUCUAGAGGGUCUGAGAGUUUCUUGCAACUUAGCUUCAAGUGAGCAACUCCGUGACUGAAAGUUCACCAAAUGUCUCCAACAUUACUAUUAAAACCAUCACCCUGGAAAGAUCCCAGUAUGAACCUCCAACACUAUGAGAACACCUUCCAGUACAGUGUUUUUCAUUUUGAACAUUUUUGAAAAUAUAUGUUUUUAAGAUUAUUAUAAAUUAUACUAGUCUCAACUCAUUCUCUAGUCCUGGUAGAAUUCUGCUAUUCCCAGUAGAAUUGACCAUUUACUAUAUUCCGUUUUGUUUCCUGGAAUCAAGUUAUUUUUCGGAGCACUUUAAGAGCUGAUUUUUCUCAGUGUACAUUCUGACAUUUGAAACCUUCCCCAGGAACUGCUGAUUUUAAUGGACAAUGUGAGGACCACGUUACUUGGUCUUAGAAGAAAAUUGCAAUCCAGAUGUAAGAGACAAAAUCAAUUCUUUUACAUGUGGUUUUAUUGUGAAAGUAUCCUUUUCAGCCUUGCCUCCUCUUGUCUUUUUUUUUCAGGUAAAACAUUUCCAUGUUACAAAGGAAGCAGAGAUAUGGGUAAAAUAGACAGAUUUGAUCUGUGCAUCUUGUGAUGGUGGCUUGUAUCAGGAGGGCGGGACAUUUUCUAUCAUUAGAGGGAAAAGCUGAGUGCUGUUUGGGACACAAACGCUUCUCAGAGGAACCAAAACCUUUCUGUGUGGGAACAGAGGACAGUAAAUUUAUUUGAAAACCUA